UGGGAUGUGAUUUUGACUCUCUCACUACAGAAUGCCAAGCGCUGCCAGAAUGUCUGAACAGAUGGCUCUUUCCUGCAGAUGGCCAAACACGCGAUCUUCGUACCCUGCAGGUAUCACUCGGAUCCAACGACGAAUUCUUUGCGUCCGACAAAGAUGGGAAGCUCUCAAGUCGCGACCCGAGCUGCCAACCCGGAGAGAAGAAGUCUGUUUCUCGACUUGCUGAGACUAGCAGGGGGAUGACGAGGAAGAAGGCGCACACAGUCUCAAGUCCAACUUUUCCAGAAGAUUUGUUGACGAGGCUGGAUUCAAAACCAGAGAGUUCCAAGUUGGCGCGGAGGAGCACAUUUCAGAUUGGACAGGAAAACCCUCCAGUGGAGAAAAAAUCUGUGAUAACGCCGCUGACUGACCAACCCCUGCUGGCGAGGUGGGAAUCAAAGCUGAAGCCUCAAACCACAGCCCCAAUUGAGGAAGAAAUAGUUGUGAAGAAUCUUGAUGACGGGACGGAAAGUAAAGUGGCCAUAACUCCUCUGGUUGCGGAGCCACAACUGACACGACUGGAGUCGAAGUCUAAGCCCAUCCCAGCUGAGGAACAACCAGUGUUGAAAAGGUCGAAUGCACCAAAAAUCGAGCAUUCUCGACGGAAGAGCAUUCUGAUUGGCGCACCGCCGCCGGUACGCCCAACAUUGCCCAAGUUCCAGACUGUGUCAGCUUUGAGAGACCCCCUCCACUCUCAAGGGAGUCAAGAGAAUGCGCCAUUGGUACGGCCUCCAUUGUCCAAGAUGCAGAUCCCAUCGACAGCGGGAGAAAUUCUUCAACCUCAUCGAUACAAAGAAAGGCCCCCAGUAGCGAAAGCCGUAAGAUAUGUCGACGCAUGCGUGCAGACCGAGAUCCAAAUCGAACUUUGCUGCGCCCCCUUGCAAGCUCGAUUGUUCCCCCUUGAAUACCAGGAAUCGUACAGUUAUCUGCCACCUCAGCAUGAAAUAUCGAUAGGGCAUAUGCAGGAUUUCUGUCGCGAAGAAUACCAGCUCGGAGGAAUGCUAAGCACGUAUGUCUGAGUGCUUGGCUGCCAUCGGAAGUUGAUACCUGCUCACUCUUGCGUAAAAUUCGGUGCGAGCGGCGUUCGUGCUGACGUUGAU